GCGCAUGCCUAUAAACGAUUCACUGGCCACCUCGUGACCACUGAUUUCAAGAAAUAGGGGUGACCUCUUGUUGCAAGAACAGUCCAAGCUACUAUAUAAAGAUGUCUGCUGAACCUGUUCGUGUUCUGGUCACCGGCGCUGCUGGGCAGAUUGCCUACUCCUUGUUGUUCGGCAUCGCCAAGGGAGAUGUGUUCGGCAAAGAUCAGCCAAUCUCCCUGAUCUUGCUGGACAUCUCCCCCAUGUUGCCAGUCUUGGAUGGAGUGGUCAUGGAGCUGCAGGACUGUGCCCUCCCACUCCUGAGAGAGGUCAUCCCCACGGACAAGGAGGACGUUGCCUUCAAGGACCUGGACGCUGCCAUCCUGGUGGGCUCCAUGCCCAGGAGAGAGGGUAUGGAGAGGAAGGAUCUGCUCAAGGCUAACGUGGCCAUCUUCAAGAGCCAGGGGGCCGCACUGGAGAAGUACGCCAAGAAGACUGUCAAGGUCCUGGUGGUAGGUAACCCAGCCAACACAAACUGUCUGAUCGCAGCCAAGUCCGCCCCCUCCAUCCCCAAAGAGAACUUCUCCUGCCUUACCCGUCUGGACCACAACCGGGCCCGCUCUCAGGUUGCGAUGCGCUGCGGCGUGCCAGCCACCCAAGUGAAGAACGUGAUCAUCUGGGGCAACCACUCGUCCACCCAGUACCCUGACGUCCACCACUGCAAGGUCAACAUGGCGGGCAGCGACCUGGCCUGCUUCGAUGCUGUGAAAGACGACGACUGGCUCAAAGGGUCCUUCAUCUCUACAGUGCAGCAGAGAGGUGCUGCGGUUAUCGCAGCCAGGAAGCUGUCCAGUGCCAUGUCUGCAGCCAAGGCUAUCUGUGACCACAUGAGGGACAUCUGGUCAGGCACUCCUGAGGGAGAGUUUGUCUCCAUGGGUGUCUACUCCAGCGGUAACUCCUAUGGAGUCUCCGAAGACCUCAUCUACUCAUUCCCUGUUCACAUCAAGGACAAGCAGUGGAAGAUUGUGGACGGGCUGGCCAUCAACGACUUCUCCCGAGGCAAGAUGGACGCCACGGCAGUUGAGCUGGUGGAGGAGAGAGACACCGCCGUCACCUUCCUCAGCGCUUGACUACACUCCCAGCCACGGCAACCAACCCGGCAACAGCACUUGGACACACAACCCACACCUCCAGACUCACGUCUGUGAUGCCGCAUUCACGUGCUACUCGGAACUUAGGAGACUGGAAUAUCCAACUUGGAAGUUCCGUAUGAACGGUUUAACUUUAUACGCUUUACAGCAGUUCUUUAGACCUGAUUUUUUUGAGUUUCUGGUAAUUCUGAUAGCACAUGAACAUGGCAUUAUACAGUCCCUGUUGCAGCUCUGUGUGUGUGUCUAAAAUGGUUUAAUGUUACACACAUCGGAACAGGUUAUCCCUGUUUGGAUGGUUACCAUGCUUACCAUGGAAUGGAGGAUUGUUAUGGGUAGUUGAUGCACUAGUAGUUACUAUGACGUUCAUUGUUAAAUGGUUAAUUGUUGCUCAGUCGAGAACAAUAAAACCAGUAAAUGAUGUAUAGUCCUUAUUUUGUUUCUAGAUUUAACUUAAUAUUUUUUGGUUGUGAAAUAAGUAUUGGUUAAAUAAUCAUCACUAACUUCGUAAAACAUUAACUAUUUGACAUUUUCCCAUUUUAAAUGAUGAUAUUCUACUAUUUAUCUGAAUGUAAUCCUACUAUUUAUUACAGAAGCAUGUGGUUGUUAUGGCAUAGUCCUGCCGCUAGGGUGCAGCACAUUCUAAUCUGGAAAUCCCAGGACAGUAAAAUGUAUGACGUCAAUUGUUUCAAACCUCUGAAUAAUCUGAGAAUCUGCCUGGACUCUCACUCCUGAUGAAACAAUAAAACAUUUAUCCUCAACUGAUAA